ACAUCAACAAAAUGUCUCAAAUUCAUCUCACGGAAUGUUUUGACGUGCGACAAGAAAUGCAAAAAUUCCUUCCACGCACCUCGGGAUACGCCACAAAAGCUCUGCACGACGGUCAAAGCAGCGACAAAUGGACUUCGGGCGCAAAUGUGCCGCCAAUUCAUCUCACUUCGACGUACAAAAUUAACGACAUUGAAAAUAUUCAAAAUAUCUACGGGCGGUACGAUAAUCCGAACCGAACUUGUCUCCAAGAAUGCUUGGCGUCGUUGGAUAAUGCGAAAUAUUGCUUGACUUUUGGCUCCGGGAUGGCAACGAUGACGACAAUUUUUUUGUCUCUCAAGUCGGGCGAUCACAUUUUGUUCGGUUACGACACGUAUGGCGGUUAUUACGAUUUUAUUGUACGUCAAGGAGUAGCGAAAAACAUGGGAAUUGAAGUCUCGUUCGUUGAUAUGAGGGAUUUGGAGCUUGUUAGAAGAAACGUGAAACCAAAUACGGCAAUGGCUUUUUUUGAUACGCCAACAAAUCCGUUACUCCGAGUUUUUGAUGUGAAAAAAGUUUGCGAAUUAAUUCACGGAAUUAACGAGGAAAUUGUGAUUUUUUGCGAUAAUACGUUUUUGACGCCGUAUUUUAUGCAUCCGCUGGAGUUGGGAGCUGAUGUUGCCGUUUAUUCGCUGAGCAAAUAUUUGAAUGGACAUGGAGAUGUUAUUAUGGGCGGUUUAACAACAAAUAACGAAAAAAUCUACACUCGCCUCAAAGCUUUGCAAAAAACGGCGGGGGCAAUUCCCUCCCCCUUCGACUGUUACAUGGCAAAUCGUGGCUUAAACACUUUAUCUUUCCGCAUGGAGCAACAUUUUCGCAACGGAUUAAUUGUCGGAAAAUUCUUGGAACGUCAUCCAAAAGUAGAGCGAGUCAUUCAUCCGGGACUUGAAAGUCAUUCCGAACACAAAAUCGCGAUCAAACAAGCACGAGGUCACAGCGGAAUGUUAAGUUUCUACUUAAAAAAUGCGGAUUUGAAAAAGUCAAAAGAACUUUUGGCGAAUUUAAAGUUAAUCGUGACAGCUGGAAGUCUCGGAAAUAUGAAAUCGAGUGCAAAUAUUGCUGCUUUGAUAUCAAGUGCAUCAAUGCCAAAGGAGGAGAAAGAAGCUCUUGGUAUCACGGAUAACUUGAUAAGGCUCUCAAUUGGCACGGAGGAUCCUGAAGAUAUCGUUGGCGAUUUGCAACAAGCAUUGGAAAGGCUUUAAGAAAGUUUUAUUUUUUAAUAUUUUUCUUAUCGAGGUCAAUGACAAUUAGGAUAACGAUAAAAACAAACCACUUGAGAUAUGCAUUCAGAGUUAUAAAAAUAUUAUUUAAUGAGAUAAAGAUUUGUUUUUAGCAUAAUAUUAAAAGAAAAAUUGAUUUUUAGUUGAAAAUUUU